AUGACGGGGUGCGAUGAGGGGAGGUGAUGAGGGGGUGCUGGGGGUCCGCCCCUCCCGGCCCGGCCCCGAGGAGGAGCCGGCGGGGCCCCGCGCCGUCCACGUGGCCGAGGGCGCGCUAUAUGAGCGGGCAGGAAGCGCCGGGGAGGGAGCGAGGGGAGGGACGGGGCGCCCGGAGCGGUUCGGCGGGCAGGGCCGGCAGACACACACACACAGAGACAGACAGACAGGCGGACACACAGACAGCGCAGCGGCGGCAGCCACAGCAGAGACCGUCAGUCAGUCCGUCCGUCCCCGCGGCCGUGGGGCUCGGCCGGAGCCCCGCACCCCGCCGUUGCAAACUUCUCUCCAUGGCUUAAAUGGACGUCAGAGCAUGUGUUUCUUGUGGAAUGUACAACCUGAGAUGAUCCGAUCCUUCAAGAAGUAAAUUUCAAGAAAAAGAAUACAAUUCUUUCUACAAUCUGCUUGUUUUAAUGUAUGGCUUGCUCUCACACACAAAACCUGAGUUUUAAUUUCUGUACACAGAAAGAGAGGGGUCUGUCUUCAGUAAGCCCUCAUCAGGAGAGGUUAGCAACAGGACCCAGAGAGGUGGACGGAACUUUGAAGCACCGUGAGAAGGUGAAAGGAAAUACCCAGCUUGUCCCCAUUUGGGGAGGAUGAAGCUUCUCCCCUAUGGCUGGAAGUAGUGGAGUGGAUCUUUUCAGCCUAAGCCUGGGGUGGUGACUGGCAGGCCCCUGCUGCAGCCCUUCCCUUUUGCCUUACCUCAGAGCCUGCGUUGUCCUCGGCCAGUGGCGGGGCAAAGCCUGGGGCAAAGAUGGUUGUGGUAAGGAGGAGGAACAUGAAGAUGUUCACCUUUGUCUUCCUGCUCAUCACGGUGACGGUGACGUCCUUUGUGCUGAACUACACCCACCAGGUGACCACCACCACCUGGGACCCCAGACAUCUCGUCGUGCAGUUUUCAGAGCAUGUCCAAAAACUCUUCAAGUACCCCAGGAGUCCUUGCAGCUGUCGCACGUGCGUUUCGGAGCUGGGGCGCUCCCUCUGGUUCGACCAGAGGUUCAACUCAACUAUGCAACCUUUCCUGACCUCACAAAAUGCCUUCAUCCCAGAAGACAGCUACAGGUGGUGGCUGAAGCUGCAAGGAGAGAAAUCCCCUCCGAGUUUGAAUGCCACGCUGGCAGAGCUGUUUGGGGUCAUCCCCGGGGACGGGGAUCCGCUGCAGGAGCGUGGCUCCGAGGGCUGCCGGCGCUGCGCCGUCGUGGGCAACUCCGGCAACCUGCGGCAGGCGCGCUACGGCCGCGAGAUCGACGCGCACGACUUCGUGCUCAGAAUGAACCGUGCCCCCACUGCUGGCUACGAAUCAGAUGUUGGGAGCAAGACCACUCACCACUUUGUUUAUCCUGAGAGCUACAAAGAGCUGGCAGCAAAUGUGAGCAUGAUCCUGAUCCCCUUCAAAACCCUGGACCUGCGCUGGGUUGUCACUGCUCUCACCACAGGCACUAUCAACUUCACAUAUGUUCCAGUCCCAAGGAAAAUCAAAGUCAAAAAAGAAAAGAUCCUGGUUUAUAAUCCAGCUUUUAUGAAAUAUGUCUAUGAAAACUGGCUCGAGCACCAUGGGAGAUACCCCUCCACAGGCCUUCUGUCUUUGAUGUUUGCUCUUCAUGUAUGUGAUGAGGUGAAUGUGUAUGGCUUUGGAGCUGACAGCAAAGGACACUGGCAUCAUUACUGGGAGAACAACACUUCAGGUGGGGCUUUCCGGAAGACAGGCGUCCAUGACGGGGAUUUUGAGUUCAAUAUAACUUUGACUCUUGCCUCCAUUGAAAAAAUAAAAUUUUUCAAGGGCAGAUGACCCUGGCCACGGGGACAAAUGGGGGCUGCAAUUUCCAGCAUGCAGCAGAACAAAGCUCAGUGAAGAUGAUCUGGGCACUGGCCAGGUUUAGUGCGUGGGUCUGCGGUGGAUUUGGAGCACCUCAGUGCUGGCAGCGAGGCCGAGCACGGCUUCAGGCUGCACGUGAUUUCCAUCUGCAGGGAGCUGGGAGCUACCAAUCACCUGGGGGAAUAAAUUAAUCUCUGCUUAGGCUCUACGGCUCGAUUCUUGAAUUCCUGAUGAAAGAUCUGCCUGUUGCAAUUAGAGGAAGCCUGAGCACAGGAACUGCUGUCUGUGUGUCUGUUCUCUCCUCGAGCAAGGCAGGAGAUCCUUGAAGAAGAGUGAAAAUGACUUCUGAGACUUGAGACCCGCUAAGGCAGCUGUGAACAUCAUGGCAAGGAUUACCUCAAAGAAAUGAAUUCACUUCUGCUGUUGAUCUUCUUUUUGAACCACCUCUUCUCUGUUCUCUUAUUACUUCUGUUUUCAUGCUGUAUUAGGGAAAAAUAUGGUGAAGUUGCCUGGAGGAGUAAAUAUUUUAACCAUUGCCUCAUUUUGCAUUGAUAGUGUCUAGAAAAUACAAAUCAAAUCAUCUCAUGUAUUAUUUAAUAUUGCUUCCUACACAGCCAUAAUGAUGGAGAAAAUUAUACUGAAAACUCCAGGAGAAAAUGGCCUUUUUAGCCACUUGUCUGUCUUGUUUGCUUAUGUGUAAUUUUGGGGGUUUUGGUUGUUUGUUUUGUUGGUUGUUUGUUUUUUUCUGGAAAAUACUUUGUUUUUUUUUAUUUAAACAGUUAAAGAUUAGAAAAUGGACUUUCUUCAAGUCAUUUAUAUGUGCCUUUUAUAACUGUGCAACAAAUGUGAUUUUUUUUAAAGAUGAAAAACCCUAAAUUAAACAUUUUUAUAAAAGGGGGAAAAUUAACCAAA